GUUACUGCCUGGUUAAACUCUUGUUUCCGCUUCCAAAUCGAUUACACUACUGCGGAUUGUAUUUACCGACGACAUGACCGAUUCGGGCGAACGUGAAAGUUCUUUUGAAAUCGUGGAGGAGCCUUCAUACUCGGACAUAGUACCUUCCUUGGUACAAAAUGUUGGGCCACUUCACGAAACGGCUUUCGACCCAGCUGCACCAGAUGAACCCAUGGAUCCGUGCCUGAAUAGAGACAGCGAUGCGUCUAAGGGUCAUGAGACGCAGUCUAUCAUGGACUUAUCCUCCUCUGAUGUCUCGUUCACACAAGACUUCUCUGGUGAGGCGGCGUCAAACUUGGAGUUACCUGGCCCGUUUACUUUAUGCAGUCGAAGGCCAUCCUUCGAGCAACUUAGGAACCAACGCAGGACACGGACGAAACAUAUCAGACAACUUUUCUCCAAGUAUCCCAAAGCAAUUGCAGCCGAAUCACCAGCUCAAAUCGCGACACAUCGAAAGUUCGCGCUUUCGGCUGCAGCUGUCGUAGGAAUAUUUUUGGCUCUCCUCUACGUCAUUCUACGGGACUCGUACUAUAUAUCUCAAUUGGUUGAAGAACUCAAUUCCGUACAACUGCAGCACGCGAAAGAUCUGUUACGUGAAUCUCGGAGGUGUCCAGAUCAAGCCGGACUGAUACGCAAUAUGUCGUUGGAACACCAACACGAACGGCAAAAUUGGGAGUUGGAAGUACAGUCGCUGUCUCAGCAAUUGAAAGCGCGUGAUGCAGAAUUAGAAAAGCUCGUUCGGGAAUCGCGGGCCGACAGAAAUAAAUUGGAAUCGGAUCUGCGCACACUGUCCGACCGGUAUCGAGAACAGGUAGCCGCAUCAGGGGAAACCAUACUGGAGCUGCAAUCGGAGCGGCGAAAACUAAUGGAUGCCGCGUUUUCUGCCAAGUCAGCAAAGAGAUCUGGGAAGACAGACUGCCACGAGAUAAAGUCGGAGAAUGAGCAACUGAAACAGCAAAUGAAAUAUUUGAUCAAAGGUACUGAGCUAUUUAUUCUUUACAUCCAAAGCCCAGCCUCAGAAAGGACUCACAAUGAACAUGGUGAUUGCGAACGCAUGUAUUACGGCCUUAUUGGCUACGAAAGUAUUUGGGUGCUUCGAUACGAAGAUGCCACGGAUGAGAUUCAGCGUCUUAUAACCAAUGGCCUAUUGGGGUUGAAUCUGACCGACAUUGAGGGGCAAUGCGAUCGACUAGCUCGCCCCAUUCCCGGCGGAUCUGUCCGCCUCUCGCUAAGCAGUUCGGCAUUGUCAUACAUUUCGUUACUAGCAUAAUUGACGCUGGUGCUUCAAUCCGGCUUACAGUACGUUAUACAGUUUCCCCGGCGAUGAGUGCUCGCAAUGUAGUCCGUCUGUCUAAAAUUGACUGUAAUGAGAGUUGCUGCGCAGCACCUUGACACCGUCGGCGCCGGUUUUUGCCAAUCACAGUAAUCAAACCAUGGGGUGCACAAAUUAACUCCACCUCACGACCAUGAUUCCUCCCACAAAACUGAAGCGGUUGAAGACUGCUUUCCUUGAUCUACAGGAACGUUCUAUUUUCAUCCCUGGUUGGCGUCAUAUCAGCCGAAUACUGUGCAAGUUGUUCCGUUUAUGUCCUGAGCUGGCUAUUUAACACGGCGCUACUUAUCCAUCCUUCACUUUCGCAUUUUCGCAGACCACUCUUCAUCCGUCUUUCGUCGCAUUUCGGUCGGAGAAACUUUUAUCGACGCACAUAUUUAUAUUGCCUAUGUGAUACUUUCUCCCACAAACCCCUUCGUUUCUGAACUUCACAGUGUCUACUGGAGCAAAUAUUUUGCAUGUCUUCGACAAAUUUGAGUCAUUUCUUAUGUCCCGUCGCUCGUAUACCUUUGGCCUCCGUCGAAUAAACUCUGCGUAUUAUUACGCAUUACAGUUAUCCAGGUCAAUUCGAUUACUUCCCUUCGAAUAUUUUCAUCAGUUUUCCUUCGGUAUUUGUGUUACAUCUGAUCUUUAAGCCACUCGAGAUUUCUAAUAUCCCAGUCCUUUCCUCACACAAAA